AUGGAACCCAAUCUAGAUUCCGCAGCCUUGGCCCAGCAAGUUCAAGCUCUUGCGGCCACCAUUGAAGAACUCACCAAGCAAAACCAGGAAAUGAAGCUACGACUCCAACAGGUCCAACAGGCCCAACAGGAAGAGAACAGGUCCAAAGGUAACUUGGAGCGAGAAAGGGAUAGCCAUAGGAGGAGUACCUAUCAGAGGCCAACCACUCUAGACGAGCAGAACUCAGAUCUCCUCCGAGAAAUGAGGAAGAAGAUGGAUGAACUGAGGAAUGUCAUUAAGGAGAAGAUGGAUCAGAGUGUAGACAGGAUGGUAAGGGCCACAGAUUCGCCUUUCACCAUGGCGGUGCUUGAAUGCCCUAUAUUGUCAAAGUUUCGCUUACCUCAACUUGAGUCGUUCGACGGACUCAAAGACCCUCAGGAUCAUCUUAAUACCUUCAAGACGACUCUAGGUUUUCAACAACCACCUGACAAGAUAUUGUGUCGUUCCUUUCCUACCACUCUCAAAGGAGCUGCAAGAGAAUGGUUCACGAAAUUGCCGACCUCAUCCGUAGACAACUUCGAGCAAUUGAGUAAUGCCUUCUUGCGUCAUUUCAUAGGGAGGCAACGUCCAACGAGGCCGAUGGACUACUUACUCACCAUUAGACAGGGAGAAAAGGAAACUCUGAGGUCGUACGUCAAAUGCUUCACCCAGGAGACUCUGGAGGUGGACGAAGCAAAUGACAAGGUGCAGUUGAUGACCUUCAAAGCGGGACUGAGGUCCAGAGAUCUCGUGGCCUCCCUCGCAAAGAAUCCACCAAAAACGAUGGCCGAAAUGCUCCUGAAAGCACAAAAGUAUAUGAAUGCUGAAGAUGCUUUAGCAGCCAUAAAGGAUGCAAAGAAGCCAGGAGACAAGGAAAAAAAAGAAGACGACCGUAGGGGUCAAAAGAAAGAGCGACCGGACCGUCGGAACAAUGACGGGAAUAGGAGGAAAGAUGAUAAAAGUCCUCGGAUGGACGAGCAUUAUCUCAAAUGGCCUAGACCAUUGCACUCAUCCCUCAAUGUCCGCGACAAGAACAAGUAUUACCGAUUCCACAAAGAUCACGGCCACAACACGGAAGAUUGCAGAGACCUAAAGGAGCAGAUAGAGGAGUUGAUACGGAAAGGGAAAUUACAGAAAUAUGUGAAGAAGGGAGAAUAUAGUAAGUUCAGGGACGAUAAUAAAAGCCAGCAUGAGUCCUUUUCCCGGGAUGACGACCGUCCGUCCCAACCUCUACACAAGGUGAUCGGGGAGAUAAAGACGAUUACAAGAGGGCCAUUUUCAGGAGGAUCAUUUAAAUCCCUCAAGAAGGCAUGCCAGAGGCAGGUAAAUAGUGUACACACCAUACCUCCGUCUAAGCAACGACGAACAUACCGGGACAUGUCCUUCAAUGAAGGAGAUGCCAUGGGAGUGAAACAGCCCCACAAUGAUCCUUUGGUCAUAAUGCUGAAUAUAGAAGGAUUCAAUGCCAAGAGGAUCCUCAUCGACAAUGGCAGCUCCGCAGACAUCAUCUACCUCCUUGCCUUCCAACAGCUGAGGCUAGAUCCAAGGAGACUGCGCCCCUUUGACUCUCCACUCGUCAGCUUUAGCGGAGACAGGGUAUACCCCAAGGGCAUAGUGACAUUGACAGUGAUGGUAGGGGCCUACCCGGUGCAGUUGAUCCGUCAGCUAGACUUCUUAGUGGUGGACUGCCCCUCAUCCUACAACGUCAUCAUUGGGAGGCCCACACUCAACAAAUGGAAAGCGGCUACGUCCACCUACUGUUUGAAGGUAAAAUUCCCAACAGAUAAUGGUGUCGGUGAAGUAAAAGGAGAUCAAGUCCGGGCAAGAGAAUGCUAUCAAGCCGUACUGGCUGCGAAGGAGAACCACACGUGGAUGAUUGAAGAAAAGGAAGAAGACAGAAUGGAAGCCCUAGAAACAGUGGAAUUGGUUGAGGGAGAAGCGAACAAGACGACAAAGAUAGGAACGACCAAAGACGAAGAACCUUCGCCCCAGAACGAGAUCAAGCAGUUGCAGAGGAAGUUACCAAACUCUUAA